ACGGCGGAUUUGAAAAUGAAAUUAGCCGAUUAUAAACUCAUUCUAAUAAUUCCCGCCUAAAGUCCAUACACACUUUUCACGUAAUAAAAAAACAAAGUAGCUAAAUAAAAACGCUCUCGUUCAUUCACUGUCUUGUUCUUUUCCAUUUCUGCAAUCACAGCUGGUGAAAUCAAAAACCCUAAUCCAACCACUCCAUGGCAACCAGAUCCACAACCCGUGCUUCUUCCUCCGCCUCUGUCGCCUCCGCUAACACUACCAAUCCACUUCAACAGCAGGUUGAUAAUUAUAAUGAUGAAAUCAAGAAAAAGGUGUUGGUGAAAGCCAAUGAAACAGUAACCUUGGAGAAGGAUGGUUUUCAUUUUGUGGUAGGAGCAUUGGUUGAGGUCUGUAGUGAUGAAAAGGGUCUCAAAGGGGCUUGGUUUCUUGGCACCAUCGUUGAAUUAAAGCGACAUUUUAGGUUUGUCGUCGAGUAUGAGGCCCUGAUCGAUGAUGAUUCUAAGCCUUUGAGAGAGGAGUUGAAUAUCCGGCAUAUUAGGCCUCGUCCACCAAAGACUGAUGAUGUUGCUGAGUUCAAAUUUUUCGACGAAGUUGAUGCUUUUCACAAUGAUGGCUGGUGGGUUGGUAUUGUUACAAAAGUUGUUGGGGACUCCAAGUAUGUUGUGUUUUUCAGGAGCUUCAAGGAAGAGAUGGAGUUUCAUCAUUCUCAGUUGAGGCUGCAUCAGGAUUGGAUGGAUCGCAGAUGGGUCAUGGCUUCUAAGGCUUUGAAGUUUUGAAUGCCGAAAGCAGCAAGAGAUAUUGAUGGGAAAAACCAGCCGUAAACUUUAUGUAUGUUUUGGACUCAGUUCUUACUAGUCAACUUUGAACUUGUAGUUCUCAUGUAUCAAAACUUUGAACUUGUAGUUUUCAUGUAUCAAAACUUCAACUCAACUUGAUAAGUUAACUUGCAUUUUAGAUUCCGGAUUAAGUAUCUUGGAAUGGAUUUGAAGGUGGACCUACCUUCUCAAAACUUGCAUUUCAUAUACUUUCAGAUUCUGGUUUGUUGUGUUUUAUUUUAUUUUGUGACUUCAUAUUAUUCCUUUCAUUCUUCUAAUGAAUGUAAGGUUUUAAGGAAUGUGUCCUUGUUUAUA